GAUUUCAAACACCAAAGUCAUGUGUGGAGGCUGCAGUGGAUCAACAACAACUCAAUUCCUCUAAGAACGUUGGUGCGGGGGAGUCUACACAGGUCUAUUCUUGUUUGGAGGGUGUAACCUUCACAAAGGACGUGCCAGAACUGCGCGGGUGAAUUUGACAUCUUUCCAAGAGCGUUGUGCGGCCACCAUACUUAAUACUAGAUCUACAUGGAGUGGUGCGUUCACAGACCAUUAGGACACAUGGACACCCGGAAGCAGCAGAUGAAGGACACCCUGCAGCGGCGCAUAGAUGCCCUCAGAGCCGAGCUGUCCACUCUGAGCUCGGACAUCUGGAGCCGUCCGGAACUGGACGGCGAGGAGACAUACGCGCACGACACGCUGGUCCGCUUCUUCUCUCAGGAGGAGGCGCAAACCUGGACGGUCCAAAGUCACUACAAGCUGCCGACCGCUUUCCGGGCCAGCUGGGGUCCAGCGGGCGGCGGCGAGGGAGAGGGUGAGCCGGUACUGAACGUGGGCUUCCUGUGCGAGUAUGACGCGCUGCCGGGUUUGGGUCAUGCCUGCGGGCACAACCUGAUAGCAGAGGUGGGCGCUGCGGCCGCUGUGGGGCUGAAAGCUGCUUUACAAGAGAACGAGACUGAACUAGCUGUCCCAGUGAAGAUAACUGUUCUCGGGACUCCUGCAGAGGAGACUACUGGAGGGAAGAUCGACCUGAUUAAGGCGGGGGCCUUCGCAGACCUCGACCUCGUCUUUCUGGCUCACCCAGCUCAGCAGGAUGUCUCCUUCCUGCCUUGUGUUGCGCUCGAUGUGGUGUCAGUGAAGUACCACGGGAAAGCGUCUCAUGCUGCCGCGUACCCGUGGGAGGGGGUGAACGCUCUGGAUGCUGCAGUUCUCGCCUACAACAACGUCUCUGUGCUCAGACAGCAGCUGAAACCAGAGUGGAUGCUUCAUGGCAUCAUCAAACACGGAGGGAUGAGGCCCAACAUUAUCCCCGACUACUCUGAGUUAGAGUUCUACUUGCGCACGCCACUGGUUAAGGAUCUGUGCGACCUCAAGAACAAAGCAGAGGGUUGCUUCCGGGCAGCUGCUAUGGCAACUGGUUGCCGGGUGGAGAUAACCUAUCCAUACCAUGCGUUCCAUAACAUCCUGCCUAAUGCCACACUGGCAAACCUCUAUGAAAGUAAUGGGAAGGAUUUGGGAAUUCAGUUCCCAGAGCAACCAGACACCUUCUCCGGUUCCACGGAUUUUGGCAACGUGUCCUCCAUUGUCCCCGGCAUCCAUCCUUUCUUCUACAUCGGCACGAAUGCACUUAACCACACGGAGGAAUACACCGAGGCAGCCGGAGCUGAAGUGGCCCAGUUGUACACCCUGAGGACAGCCAAAGCUCUGGCGAUGACAGCUGUGGACGUAGUCUGCUGUCCCGAUCUGCUCAGGCAAGUGAGAGAGGACUUCGGCCUGGCCAAACAAAAACACGAGAGAUAACUUACAACAUUUGGGUCUUGUUUAAUAUUUCAACACAGUGGAUGGAUAGACAUGACAUUUUUGUAAUAGUAAUCUUUUUUUAAAUCUCUUAACAGCAGUGAAAUACUGCUAUGCUGUCAUUACAUUUGCUUCGGAUACUCAUGAUCUAUGGUUCCCUCAUGCUUUGCAUUUAAUUACUAUUUAGUUUAGACGGCAAUUUUUAGAUUAUUGCAUCUGGGGAUAGAUUAUCAUUAUUAUUAUUAGAAUUAUUAUUGCUUUCAGCGGGACAUAUUCAGCCGGCAUCUCUUUUUUGAUGUUGAAAAUCCUUUUCAUGCUGUUGUUCUGCUGCAGCAAUGCUCUUAUCAUGCAUAAACCUCAAGCCCCCCCGGGCACAGACAAAAUACAUGCUAUAUGAACAUGCAUAUAUACAAGGUUUCAAAAAUGCAGCCCGCGUGCCACAUGUGGCCCUCCAGAUGACUUCCUGUGGCCCACCACUUCAUAUCAAGCUAUAAUGAGUUAUUUCUGCAUGGCUGUCGCUAAAUACACAGAUUUUUAGACACUUCCUUCGCUAAAUGUUGGAGAUUAACCCACGUUUUCAGGAUUGUUAAGUGUUUCUAACUCUGACCAAUCAGUGCACGGCGUUUUCCCUGGUUAUGACGUCCCGAGGCGAGCUAGUGGAAACACGGAAUAUGUCAUUUAAGCCACUACUAUAGUAAUGAUCGCACUGUUUGGCGCUUUCCUUGAAUGCCUAAUUGAAUGUUUCUAAUCUUUUGAUUUGUGGAAAAAAAAAUCACGUUACAGCUCUGCAAAAAAACAGUAGCUUUUCUGAUCGCCCACGUUUUCCCUGAGGGAAAAAAAGAAGAGCUUCGCUGUACUUUGCAAGGAUGAAGUUGACAAGCAUUAUUACAAAGGGAGAAGUAAAUAAUAAAAUAAAAGAAUUAAAAAAUA